AUGAAAUCGCCUACCACUGGCAGUAUUCAAAGUUUGUAUAGCGGAAUCUCUCCAAAAACCAAAUCCCUGUUGGCCUUCACGUUGUUUCAAGAUAAAUACCAAUUGCUAUGGUUUUUAUCUCAUAUAAACACACUUUUGGGGUUCUUCAUGUAUUCCGCUUGGGUAUUCAAUCCCGAGAAGCAUUUUUUGUCUGUCAUUCCAUGGUACAAAUUAACCAAUUAUAGCUGUAUUUUAACUUACACGAUCGUUAUCUACAAACGAUAUUUGUGUGAAGAAACUUUUGAGCAAAAUGAAGCAGGUGGUAGGAUUCUUAUUAGUUAUAUUCUAAAAACCGAAAACGUACAGCUUAUCAUUUCUGCCUUUCUUUGGACAGCUACAAAUGAAUCAUUCUUUAAAUUGGUCCCGUUUGCAAUCUACUCUAUUUUGAAUAUUAGUUGUUUUCUUGUGUUUGAAGCAUACCCACAGUCCCACUUUUCAGUAGCGUUGGCACCAUUCAUUAGCUAUAUAAAGAACCCUUGCUUGAUUUUCUCUGCAUUUGUUGACAUCUUCAUUAUUGGAUUACUAUUGAAUGAAUCAUAUCACAACAAUUCCUACUAUGUCUUUUUCCUUUACAUUUUUGUAUGGGGCCUUAAAAUGGAUAACUCCGAAGCUAGUAGAAUUGCAGUUUAUAAAAUAAUGAAAGUGAUAGACCUGGGAUUUAACCACAAAUUUGUACCAUAUAAGAUCACUCAUUACUGGGUAUGUUUUAAGCAGAGAAUUUUUCGACUACUUCAAUGA